CUCUCUCUCUCUCAACACAGUCACAGACGAAGGAAGGAAGGAAGGAAGGAAGGAAGGAAGGAAGGAAGUAAUGCAGCAGCCACAGCAAAUGCUUCCCAUGAUGCCUUCAUUUCCUCCAACGAACAUCACAACGGAACAAAUUCAGAAGUACCUGGAUGAAAACAAAAAGUUGAUUCUGGCAAUUUUGGACAAUCAAAACCUUGGAAAAUUGGCUGAGUGUGCCCAGUACCAAGCUCAGCUUCAGAAGAAUUUGAUGUAUCUAGCUGCAAUUGCUGAUGCCCAACCACAGGCAGCAAACACUCCUCCUCAGAUGCCCCCACAUCCUGCAAUGCAACAGGGAGGGCACUAUGUGCAAUAUCCUCAGGCAGCAAUGGCUCAUCAACCUGGUGUUUUUGCACCUAGGGCCCCCCUGCAGUUUAACCCACAGCAAAUGCAGGAGCAGCAGCAACUUCAGUUACAGCAGCAACACCAGCAAGCAAUGCAAGGCCCCAUGGGCAUGAGACCUGGAGCCAACAAUGGGAUGCUUGCCGUGCAUAAUGAGACCACUGUUGGAGGUGGUGGAAGCCAACCAUCAGCUGUGGGCCUAAGUGAGUUUACACGCGGUGGUGGCAGUGGCAAUAGUGGUGCGGGUGCUUCAAGUGGAUCCCUGGAUGUACGAGGGAGGAGUAAGCAUGAUGUCUCAGAGGCAGGUUCUGGUGAUGGGCAAGGAAACUCAGCUGCUGGGCAUGGCAGUGCUGAUGGGGAUCCAUCAUACCUUAAGGGAGCAGAAGAUGGCAAUUGAAAUGAACUGGUGAUAGGGUGUGCUAAAAUGAGUAGAGGGGGCGUGUGUUGGUGUUUCACUAUACUAGUGCUGCUAUACUUGUGUCGACUUCAUUGUAUGUUUCCUGUUACUCUUUCUUACAAAAGAGGUUACAUGUGCUUGAAUUUUUUUACAAAGGAAUGCAGAAGAAUGGGCAAACAGAACUUGUACAAAGUU